GGCUCAAAAGCAAACCGGGGUGCCGGAGGAGGCGCCCCAGCGGCUGUCCGGCAAGGUGGUGUGCCAACGUCACCAUGGCGACGACCGUGAAAGUGGCGAGUCAAGCCAAGUGGGAGCCAGGAAUGCAGGAGUCUGAUUUGAUGGACGCCCUGCCCAAUGGCAAAAGUCGAAUGGAUGCACAGACACAGAGCAUCAUGCUCGUCUCCUUGGGGUGCUAUUGUGGGCCGAAGCUCUCGUUCAAGAACAUCGGACGAGGGGCGGAGACCUUGCCCUUUGACUGGAUGCGAACUCGUCACGAGGGCUUGAUGCACUUUCUACAGGGCAACUGGGACGAAGAAAGCAACUACAAUGGCUUCUUCGAGUUUACCUCCAAGAAGGUGGUGCCAGGCUGCCAAAUGACCACGUAUCGGAGUUACUAUCACUCAUUCUGGCACGAUGACCCUACAGACCCUGGGAUGCACGAGAGAUACAAGCGCCGCAUCAAGCGCUUCAAUGAGAUUGAUGCAGAGAGCAAGCCCGUGCUCUUUGUGAGAACCAUACCAACAACGGAGGAGCUUGAGAACGUUCCAGCGUUGAUGGAUUUGCUGAUCAAGCGCCAUGGGAAGCAAGCAUUCUUGUUGCUCAUUAUCGACUUCCAGAAAACAGCGCAAGGGGCUGCUGUGGUGGAAGGCAUCGACAACAUUAUGGUGCACUUCCUCUCAGGAAGUAAGCACGUGAACCAGGAGGGGUUACCUGCUCCGCCAUACGGCGAUGCAGUGAAUUUAGCAUUGGACUGGAUUGUGGGCCGGUCCGUGUCAGUGAUGCAGUUCGAGAAUUGGGAAAGCAUAAUGAGAUGCUCGGAUCACACUGAGUGGGGAUUGAAUGGCCUUGGGGGCCUUUAUGCCUUUGAGUUGGGUCUGGAAGCUCCACAAGAAGAGCCUCCAGAGCUUCUCAGCAACCCCAGGAGCCUUCAGAGCCGCUGGGGGUGCGGAGGCUGUCACGUGCUGAGGCUGUCACAUCCUCUACCUCAGCUGGAUCCGAUCCCGUCGGAGAAACUGGAGGACAUGUUCCUUCGCAAGGCUCCAAGGGAGCGGCCGCAACUGCGACAGCUCCAAGUGGUGCCUUUGGGAUUCGGUGGCUUUGUGAAGGCCAGUGUGCUUGCAAUGGGAAUUCCAUCUGUCUCGCUGCCCUUCGAUUGGAUUAUGAUCAGUCACGCUGGACUUCUACACUUCCUGCGGCAAGGCUUCGAGGCACCGAUUCGAAAUGGACUCGGUGCGGGUGGCCAAAGGCCUGCGGAGAAGAGAGGAUUCUUCGAUUUCGCCACCAGGAGGCCGGUCCAGGGCUCUGAGAUAAUGAUGUCUCGGUCGCACCUGCAUUCAUUCUGGCAUGAUGAUCCUGCAGAUCCGGAGGUGCGCCAAGCUUUUGAGACGCGAUUUGAGAACUUCGAAAAUUUGGCAAAGACUGGCGACACCUUGCUCUUUGUGCGAGUGGUGGCCACGACAGCGGAGCUGGGAAGGGCUUACGAGCUCACCCAGGCCUUGUCCAAGAAGUUUGGUCCACAAGCAGCACUUCUGUUGAUUUGCGACUUCCAGAGCAAGGUAGGUCCAGUGAUGGUGGACGCCUUCGAUGACUUGAUGGUCUACUUUCUUGAGGCAGAUGCACACAAAGAUGUUGCACCCUACAGGAAGCCAAUUUUAAGUGCCUUGGAAUGGCUUUCAGGAAAGGAGCUCAGGAUGGACAUUGUUCCAGAUUUCAAGGCUCUUCAAGCCUUGGCUUCUCCAAACUACUGGGGCCUCAUGGGCUACGGUGGAUUCCUUGCGUUGGAGGGCCUCACUGGCCCACCAGCCGAGAUGGUGGAAUGGACACCUGCACCUGAGGAUCAGUGGCUGAUGGAUGCCAAGUUUGAGGCUGACAAGGACGCUAUGGCGGUGGUGUCUCUUGGAUACCAUGAGUUCUUGGGCAAGGCCUUGGAGUUGGCCAAGCUGCCGGUGGAAACCUCGCCCUUCGACGGAGCCUUCAUCAACGGCGAAGGGGUGUUGAACUUCCUGCGGAACGAUUUCACCGGCUACUUGGAUGUCGCCAAGCCCCUGAGGAUUGAAGGCAGUCCAUACAUGGUCCGACGGUCAUGCUACCACUCCUUCUGGGAUAUUGACCCCAAUGCUCGGCUGCGACAAGCGGAGAUGAACAUCCGGUCCUUUAGACACCUUCUUGGAAGCAAUCGGGUCAAGCUCUUCGUGCGGGCUGUGGCAAGAGGGGACGAAUUGCCCUUGCUGGGCGAGAUACACGAAGCUCUUUGCAAGCACUCGCAAUCAGCACUGCUGCUUGCGAUUGUUGGCGGUCAGGAAAAGAAGACCCUGACGGUGGCCAGCAACUACAGUGUCUUGGUCCAGUUCAUAGAGGAGGACCCGAUCCAGACUGGUGUCCUGCAGAGCUACGCGGAGCCCGUGCGGAGCAGUCUUGACUGGGCCGUGGGGAAGGAGCUGAAGGUGGGCGUGGUGCCGGACUUCGCUGCGCUGAAGGGCCUCUUGAGACCGCUGCCUCCCACUCCUCUCGUUGGCCCGGGGAACGUGCCACUCUUCGAGGAGAAUCUGUCUACAACGGACGAAUCGGGAGAAGGGUCUUUGUCGAGCUCGUCUUCACCGGGAGUUCAUUUGGUCGCUUCGAAUUUGAAGGUGAAAGUGCCUUCUCCCAGCAGGGGAUAUGCUGGGUUCAGAUGAGCGAAACUAGUUUGCACCGUGGCUAGAGCCACGAUCUGCUUCCUGGGUGAUGGCUCUGUGGCACCAUUUCAACACCCUA